AUGCGGUUACAAAGAUCUAGGAAUAGGCGAGACCGCCCCCCUCUUCUCACAGAUCUCUUCCUCUCCGCCAUAUUCUUACCUCACGCCGUAUCUGCAACCCAUAACUAUAACAAUAACAACAUCCCCUCGCUUCAGGCACCCAUUCUCCCGCCACUCAUACCACCCGAACACUCACCUCCCAUCCUCGCAACACAUGAGUUCUCUCUUCGCCAUAUAUUUCACCGCGAUACACACCGAUACCCCGAUGACCUACAUAUCAGACUAGAUGUUACCCCGGAUACUCACCUGAGUAUCUUGCCCGAAGACGGCACCGAAACCGAGACCCAGGCCGAGUCCGAGGCCGAACCCGUAACAGUCCAUCCAACCCUUUUCGCCUCGUCAAACCCAAUCACCAUAAACCGACUCGCCGAUCGACGCAUCUCCGUCAUCGAAGAUCACCUUUCAUCGACGAGCCAGGGCCCCGUUGCGGCAUGGGUGCUGGAUACCCUCCCCGGUCCGAAUGUCACCGACAAGGAGACCGUCUUGACAUUUGCCAAGAUGACCGCAAACGACUACAUUCAAAUCCCCGGUAGUACCUCGGAGUGGAAGACCAUUCAUGGCAAGUUCAACUACUCAUCUAGCUUUGGCUGGAAGGGAGAUAGUCUCCGAGGUCAUGUCUAUUCCGACAAGACCAACAGCACCGUGGUGAUUUCCCUCAAGGGCACAUCCCCCGCUCUAUUCGAUGGCGCGGAGACCACAACCAAUGAUAAAGUCAACGACAAUCUUUUAUUCAGUUGUUGUUGUGGCCAGGGAGGGUCAUACCUGUGGAGGCAAGUCUGUGACUGCCAAAACGCAACCUACUCUGCAAAUGUGACAUGUAUCUCCGAGGCGAUAAAUGAUCCAAACAGAUACUACAAAGCCGCCAUCGAUCUCUAUUCCAAUGUCACCGAGAUCUACCCCAACGCACAUAUCUGGCUCACCGGCCACUCGCUCGGCGGUGCUUUAUCAGGUCUGCUCGGCCUGACAUUUGGCAUCCCCGUCGUGACAUUUGAGGCGGUUCCGGAAGCGCUGCCAGCCUCCCGGCUUGGUUUGCCAAUCCCACCUGGCUAUCAAGUACAUCAAGAACGGCAACAUACUGGCGCUUACCAUUUUGGACAUACUGCGGACCCAGUAUAUAUGGGCACUUGCAACGGUAUUAACUCAAUUUGUACCUGGGGCGGCUAUGCGAUGGAGUCAGCGUGUCAUACCGGGCAGAUUUGCACUUACGACACUGUGGCCGACAAGGGCUGGCGGGUCGGAAUUGGCACCCACAAGAUCCAGAACGUUAUUCGGGACGUCAUCGAGGUGUAUGAUGAUGUUCCGUCCUGCGAGGCAGAAGAAGAGUGCUAUGAUUGUAUCCUGUGGAAAUUCUUCAAGAGCAACGGCUCUGAGAUUACGACGACGUUCACGACCACAACCACCACAUCCCCUACAGUUACGAGGACAUCGACCUGCAAGACUCCUGGGUGGUGGGGCUGUCUCGAUAGCUCUACUACUACCACGACCGGGACCGCGACGACGACGACAACGACAACGACAACGACCACCACCGCAGUGACAACAACAACUUGUCACACUCCAGGAUGGUUUGGAUGUAAUGACCCCACGACAACCACAUCCGCCACUUCUACCACUUCUUGA